AUGAAAUAUUUAGUUAUUUAUGCCACGUUUUUAGUGAGUGUAUAAUGUUUUUAUGAUUUUAUUCCUGAUGACAUUAUAACAUUCACUUUAACAGCAAAUUAAGAAGAUGUAUUAUUGGAGAAUAUAACUGAACCAACAUUAAUAAAAGGAGCAUAUUAAGUGAAUCAUCACAAAGAUGUUAUAGAUUUUUCAGUUAAAACUCCAAAUGGAAGAACAAUAUAUUCAAAGAUGGCAACAAAUAAAGGAAAUUUCACUGUUCAAGCAAAUGAAAUAGGUUUGUAUUAAAUAAUAUUUAACAAUAAAAAAAAGGCUAAUCAAUUACUUACAUAUGCUGUUGAUGUUGUAAAAGAUAAAGAAGAUAAAAUAAAAUCAACAGAUAUUGAUCCAUUAGAAUUAGACAUAGAUUAUAUUCAUAAUGGACUUUAAGAAUUAUAUUAUGAUCAUAAAUUUUAACAAAUUCGAUAUGAAUCAUCAACUUAAUAAGUAAAAGAAGCCAAUAAGAAAAUAUAUAUAUUUACAGUUAUUGAAACUAUUUUUAUUGUUUUAGUUACAAUAUGGUAGAUUUGGUAUAUAAAGAGAUUGUACAAUAAAAGAUCACCAUUACUCUUAUGA